AUGGCAGACCUCUAUGCAGCUGUGAAACAGGGGGACAUCAGCCUUGUCCAAGCGGCCAUGGACAACGGAGCUGAGGUGAACGACAACGAAUAUGAGCACCUCAGAGAGGCCAUAAAGACCAACAACCAAGAGCUUGUGGGCUUCCUGCUGCCCCAUUGCAAUCCUGAGCGGGCUUUCGGCGGUCUCGAGACUGCCAUUUCCAACGGCCUCUUCGAGGUAGCAGAUUUGCUCCUCCAAUCGGGCCGAUUCAGAUACCCCCAAGGAUGGGCGACAGACUCGGAGUACGCACAUCAUAUGCGGUUCCCUGCUCGGAAGGGUGAAGAGGUCUUCAACAGAUGGCAGGCUUUUCUCAUGUCCCGAAAGGCGGCCCUGGAGGAGUUGCUGGAUCCCCUUUACCGGGGGUACGCACUCCUUUAUGGGGUCACCAGUAAGAACGGACACGGAUUGGUCCGCCUUCUGCUCAGCGGCCAGGACCUCGAGGCGACUCUCAACUGCAGAGUCUGGGUUGAGGAUGAAUUCGAAACGCCCUUGACCGCCGCCGCGGAGAGCGGCAACCUCACCCUCAUCCAAGGCCUCAUCGGAUUCCCGCAAAUUGACUACGGAGCCUGCGGCAAGUACGGCUGGCCAGCCUUCAUUCACUUGCUGUGCAAUGAGAGCUGCGCCGAUAGCCCAGAGAAGUGGGCUGUCAUUGAACGCCUGGCUGAGAGGACUCCCGAGGAUCUCUGCCUCGAUAGAUGGGGGAAGGAGACGGACUCCCUCUGCGCGACCGCCAUGCGGAUUGAUCACCUCGCUAUGGUGAAGAGAGUCAUGGAUUUUGUUUGGGAUAUUGCAAAGGCUCGUAUCAUACCAUUACUGAUACACACCAACCAGACCAGCUUUGUGAGGUGGAUGUUGGAGGAGGAUGUCGUGCCGAAAGACACGCCAAAGCCUUCACCUCUACUAUGGCUGCCAAUUUGCCGCGAUCUUGCCAAGGAUGGGGAAGACAUGGUAGUCCAGACCAAAUAUGCACUUGAGGAUGCAGUUGAGUUCUGGGUUCACCUGAAAAUUUACGAUUACGCCUUAUUGGCCCUAUGUCGAAUGGGAGACUUCGCAUUCGCCGAGCAAUUCUUUUAUGGACCAUUUCAUGAUCGUUCCGUCUGUUCAGAGAUUCCCCCGUUGGAAGUGUCAAAGGCAGCCAUUCUGAACUUCAAGGAAGCAGCUGAGAGAAUGACUGUAUUGCGACCCUGGGUCACUCAGGAAUAUGAUGCAAGUGCCUUUUGGAACGCGUACCAUAAUGAUUAUGAUUGGCUUUUUUCACGAUUAAAGGACAUCUUACAACAUCCCUUCAUUGAUCCAAACAAGAUGGACCCACAUGCUGGAUAUGAGGGAAGACCGUCGUUUCCAGAUAUUCCUCAUGACUUUUUCACUGAAGACGAGAUCGAAAUAGAAGAGGUCAAUGAGCGUCCGUUCCGAGUGCCCGAAGACACUGACUUUGAACAGCUCCCGCUACUUGUACGCGGCUGGCAGGUCUUACUGUUGGAAAGACGAAACGAAAGACGUCUAGUCCGUGACCGACACACUCCUCUCACUUGGGCUGUGGCAACUAAGGAUAUCAAACUGGUCGAGCUACUCCUCACUGCCCCUCUCAUCAAUAUCAACUUCCAGGACAGGUGUUGGCGCACGGCUCUCAUGUUUGCGAUUAUGGUAUCGAGUCAGGAAAUCGUGAAAUUGCUCAUCUCACAAGAAUAUGUCAAUCUCAAUGCUCAGGAUAUUGAAGGUCGAACUGCAAUCUUUUAUGCAGCCCAGACUGGAGAUGAAGAUAUGGUCAGAAUACUUUUGGAGUCCGGCAAAGUGGAUUUGGAAAUCGUGGAUUCUCAGCUACGAACAGCCAAGCAUCUUGCUAUGGACGAGGGGCAUGACCACCUUAUUCCGCUCCUUUGGACUGCUUAG